AUGGUUAAGUAUGCUACUGAUCCAGUUACAAUGGGUCCACUCAAUCAAUUGAAGGCAUGGAUUUAUGGGGAAGAUAAUCUCUCACUCUUUGGCAUGGCCAAAGGAAUUGAAUUUUGGGAGUUUCUCAACAUAAACCCUAAAUAUCAGAAGUCCUUCAAUGAGGCAAUGGCUUGUGACUCUAAAAUGAUAAACUUGGCAUUAAGAAGUUGUGGUUUGGUCUUUGAGGGGCUUGAAUCCAUUGUGGAUGUUGGUGGUGGAAUUGGAACAACUGCUAAGAUUAUUAGUGAGGCAUUUCCUAAGUUGAAAUGCAUAGUAUUUGAUCUUCCCCAGGUUGUGGAAAAUUUGUUAGCAACCAAUAAUUUGAGCUUUGUUGGUGGUGACAUGUUCAAAUCUAUUCCUAAAGCACAUGCAGUUCUACUCAAGGUACAUGUAUAUAUUUAA